GGUACGGGUUCAAGCAGGGACGAUUAAAGUUAAAACCUGAGGAGCAGAAACACAAACAGUGAGAUCUCAGGUGAUUCAUUUACAACCAGUACCCAACUUGGAGAGGAUACAACAGGAUGGUAAACAAGCCCUAUCACAACUUUUAUAAGCAUGUUGCUGAAAUCAAAUCUAAAAUGAGCAUAUUUCAAGGUUCAACAACUGUCUCUGCACUUUUUUCAGCCACAUAUGGAGUUGAAAUAAACUAUAUUUCAAGUUGUAGUUUAGUUUUCUACCUCCAGGUAAACCAUAGUGACUGUAUGGGUUGCUCAUCUGCCAAUGCUGGUAGAGGUAGUAAGGUUGAGAUGGCGGCUGGACGUAGAAAAAAGGCCUGGGGUGGUGGGCUCUCUGUUGUCCACCCCCAAAUGUGUGUGGCUGUUUGCUUCCAUCUACAAAAAAAACACAGUGCAAGAAAAAAUGAUAGAGUACGUCAAUUUAAGAGUCUGUGAUAAUCCAGAUAUUUAAAGAUUAAACUGUUUAAGGUAGGGAGAGGAGAGAGGAGAACCUCACCGUCCAUUUUCCUUCAUGUGCUGCCUCAACCUGUCAGAAAUAAAACACUUAUGGAGGAUUAAAACAACCAAAUAAACGUCCUCCUGAUUCAAAAUAAUCACUAAAGAUAUUUUACAGUCACUUAUUGGAUAAAUAAACAGAAGCAGAGUCACAUUUCUCUCACACCCUCAUGACUCUCCACUAACAAAAGCAGAAGCUUCUCUGCUCGUUAGUCAUAUAGGAAACACCUGCUGCUGCUGAUCGGCAUGAGGGUUCAAAGAUUUCAGGUUCAUCAGAUCACAGCUUGGACACAGGAUCAAUGGACAGACUCCUCUAUCUUUAUAUGAAUGAUUAUUAAAUUGAACAAACAUUUAGAUGUAAUACUGGCCCUAAACAUUAUUUUCAUGGAUUUCAUGAUGGUAAAAAACAACAACAUUUUAGUGUAUGCAAACAAACCACAUUGAAAUGUGUGAAAUUGUCUGAGGGCCUUUUUAUUUUCAGCAGUGGCGGUUCUCGACCACCGUAGCAAACAUCCUUUUCGCAAGGUCAAAUGUACAAAAAUCGCCUCUGAGGACUUCUCUGUAUAUUUCCUGGGCUGUCAUGUCUCUCUCUGUCCAGCAGGUGUCGCUGUUUCUCAUUUUAGCAGGGCCGGGCCUGCUGAUAUGAGCGCAUGCGCAGUAUCCUGAUUUGGCCUGUAGUCUUUCAGGCGCUUAUGAUGCGCUGAAAGGUUGUCCGCUGCUCAGCGCUUCAACACAACACUUUAAUAUCUAAUUUCGGCUUCUGGCGCUUACUCGGCACUCCUUGCUGACGGAUAGAGCCAUCACGACGGUUCAGUGUGUGGAGUCUGCGAACAGUUACAGUAAGGAAGCAUGAAUUUAAUGGGUUUGGGGUGUAAACUUGUAAACUCUUGUUACGUUUAUUUAGCUUAGUUAGCCUAGCGCUAGCAGCAUGACCGCUCUGUAUUUCGCCUGCUGCAAAGGUUUGUACCUCUAAAGUCAUUAAUUUUUACCGCUCCAGACUCUAAAUGGAGGAAGGAGACACUUUUUAAACAUUAAUAAAACUGUCUUACAGUCUUAUUUUCUAACUGUUAGGUUAGCCCGGAACUGUGGGGCUAAAGUUGCUAACUAGCUGAAGUGUCUCCAGUUGAGUUAGCGAUGCAACAUGAAGGCUAACUGAUCGGAUGUAUUGAUCCGCCCAUCAAAAGGAUGAUAGCCACUUUUUCCUAAAGUCCUCUUUAAGAUAAACCAGAUUGGAUGAUGUUUGUUGUUUUCCUGUGGAGCUAACUUGAGUAUUGUUGGUGUUUAGCAGCAGGCCUGCGUGUUUGGGGUUCUGGACAGAGGUGCUACACGGCAACGAUGUCACUCUGUUAUUACUGCAAACUGGAGGAGAGCAGCAUCACUUAUUCCUGUUUAUCUUCAUUAUUAGUGCAUGCAAAUGUAUGUGGAAGUAGCAUAAAAGCCGGGUAGGAGCUUGUAGAGUGGGAUUCUCCACGCAGAUUGUAGACAGACUCCUAAUUUCAGUCCGAUUAGGUCUUUAUUUUGGCAGCAGAGCAUCCUUACACACCUGUCUGCACUAACAGUACACCCGCGAUCAAAUACACCUCAAUACAGAACAUCUACCUUUACAUCUAUCUUGACUAGGACUGGGCGAUUUGGCAACAAAAACAAAAAAAGAUCAUGAUAUAUUUAGUCAUAUCAUCCGUUCUCGAUUAAUAUCACGAUUUUUUUAUUUUGAUUCAUUCUUUAAACCUUCCAUUUUAAAGCAUCUGUAUGAAAAACUAGAGAAAUUAGAAAUUAGUUCAACAUUUUAUUAACAUAAAAGUCAAUAACAAAGCAGAUUGUAUGCUUUUUUCAUGCGUUUCAAUGUUUCAUUUGGUUAGGCCAAACUUCACAUCGACUCAGGUGCUUUCCACUAACUUCUUUGUUCGUUUUCUGUGCCUAGAUCGUAAAACACCGAAAUAUAUAGAUGUAAAUUUGUCAUAUUGUCCGAUCUCGAUUGAGUACUGUACUAAAAACUAGAGAUGUUAGAUGUCAUGGCUGACAUCUAUUUUACUGCCCUCAGCUCCACGUUUAGUCAUUCUGUUUACUUUUCCGGCGAUGUACAGAAGUGAGCAGGAAAAGCUACACUCUAAUUGGCUGUUGUCACGCUUAUUUCCGCCACGUUUGAUCGAGUAAAUAUGCUCACCGCUGCUCACCGUGAUCGAACUGAAAUUUAUCACGACCAUAUGAUCGCCCAGUCCUGGUUGAACGUUUUUCUGUUUUUAUAAACCUCUAACCCGCUCCUUUUGUUUCUCUCCUCUCUUUCAGACAAGCACUGAUGUAGCAGUGUUGGGACAGCCAUCGAGCUCUCCCUCUACCUCCACUCCCCCAGUGCCUCACUGCAUGACCUUAGACAGAACCACAAGGGGACUCAGCCUUUCCUCACCCAGGACCCCCUUCAUCAGGACUCCUGACUGUGACGCUCAGUAGCCACAAACACCCAAAUCUUCUCUCCUCUUCUCUUCUCUUCUCGUCGGUCAGUUCAUUUCAAGAAGGACCAGAGGAAAUUAUUCCACAGUGGAGUUGAAAACACCUCCACUUAGACCAGUGGAGGUGUUGAAGAUCGGUCACGCCCUCACCCCCUCUCAAUCUUUUAAAGAAUAUAAUUUUUCUUCUGGUUGGUUGGAGCCCGGUUCUGCCGGCCGUGUGACUUUUCAAAACUGGGGCGCGAUUCAUGGGAUGCAACCAUGUCGGAUCUCAGUGAGCGCAGGCCGGUCAACACGGACUACGCUGUCUCCCUGCUGGAGCAGCUCAAGUUCUUUUACGAACAGAAAUUACUGACUGACGUCGUGCUGCUGGUGGAGGACACAGAGUUCCCGUGUCACAAGAUGGUCCUGGCCACAUGUAGCUCCUAUUUCAGGUGAGUGUGACGUUGCGGUUGUCGGAUUUGGAAGAACUCACCAAGUUGUGAGCUGUGUAUGACAGAGGUUGAGGCUCUGAGUGCUUGUCAAGAUUGAAUCCAUGAUGUAGAGGCUGAAGUGACGACUAACCCCGUUACUUUCGAUGUGACAGAUAACCCUGACACCACAGGAAACAUCUCAAACUCUUCAGGUUGAAAGUUAUCGAGGAAUUUGGCUGUAAAGGUAUCUGAGUGCCAAAGCCGGACUUUUUAAGGUAGUUCCAAAACUUGGAAAAUACAGAAAUGUAAAAACAUCAAACUUCCAAAAUGACCUCAGCUUAGAGAGGCUUUAACUGAUCAAGAUUUAACCUCUUUAAGAUGCAGAAAGUCUCUAACUAACUGAGCAGCCCUGUGUAUAAUCAUAACACAUCAUUUAUAAAUAUUAAGGCUUUAGAUUUUAUAGUGCUUUAUCAGAGACCCUCAAAGCGCUUUACAUCGGAUACAUCAUUCACUUACUCGCACAGUAACACCCUGGUGGCCUCUCCAAUCACCACCACACAACACUCACAUUCACACACCAGUGGAGGACACACACUGGGGGCAAGGUGGGUGAAGUGUCUCGCCCAAGGACACAACAGACAGACUAAGGAUAGGGGGGAAUCGAACCGCCAACCUUCCGAUUACUGGCCGACCUCUUCACUUCCUGAGCUACAAGUCAUAACAUCAUAAGUUAACAUGGGUUUCUGUACUGUUAAGUCAUAACACAUAAUUUCUGACUUGAAUUCGUCAAAGACACAAAAAACACAUGAAAUCAGCUAAAAUUUACCAACAUCUCCAUCCAGAUAUGUCUUUAAAAAAUCAGCUUACAGGACUGGAGCUUUUUUAGCUCAAUAGCACCAAAACAGAGUUAGGAGCACCAUCCAAAAUCUACACUCAGAUUUGUUCGAAACAACGUUCAGGAGCGCAGAGAAGUUGAACAAACGUUCAUGUAGCUACAGGCGGAGAGAGGAGAGCAGGGAGAGGAGUGGACGACUCAGUGAAUAAACCCUGUAUUCUUGAUUCUGGUCUUUUUUCUGCUGCAUUUAUUCAUUUUAUUUGAAAAAAGCAACAAAGAUAGAGAACAAAGAUGACAGGCAGGCUUUAGUUUACACCUUUCCUUCGAAGAGACCAAAAUGUUUUCAGUUUUUACCCCCCGUGUCUGAAGAGUCCAGCUUCAGAUUCUCCGAGGAGAAAGAGCGGCAAAACUUGAGCGACUUUUUCCCAGUUUAGGCGGUAAGGAAAGUUACUGUAAAGUCUCAGUUUAACUAAAAUAGUCCUAAAAAAUGAAGAACACAUAAUCAAGUCGAUGCUGCCGACGUAGCUCCAGUUUGUCAAAUAUCCACACUCACUCACUGGAGUGUUUUGCAUUUAUACAAUGAAAAUAAAGUUGUCCUAGUCUGUUUGGGAUUUGUGUCGAACAACUUCCGUCUUUGUGCGGUACAGAUCCCCUGAGUUUCUCUCCUACAGUUUCACUGAAUAAUGCAGCGUACAGCCGCGGCCUUUUGUGUUUAAAGACGUCAAUUAUUCCCCCCGGUCUGAUUGUGUCAGGCCGUAGGUGUAGGUGCGCUGUUGUUAUGAAUGUAAGUGCUCACCUUCUACAGUUACCAUAAAUAAUGCACCAUGUUGUAGAAAGAGAGAGAGAGAGACCCGCUCUAUAUAUGGAGGAAAAACACACACAGGGAUGCGGUUUCCUUGAAAGCCGGGGCUUGAAUCAUCCUCCGCACCGUCUCGGAUACACAACACGGAAUAAAUGAAGCAACCUCUAACCUGCAGUCGUACAGACAGAUCCCUCAAGGCCCUUGGGAGGCCUCAUUCGUACGCACAACAUUGCAUAAUGAAGUGUGUGUGCACUGCGGUGAAGAUGACAGAGCAGCAGCCUCGACUCUGGGAAGAGUCCAUCUGUACAUGACAGGAGCUCAUGCUGCAUUUGAACACCCUGUCUCCCCCCUCCCUCCCUCCUUCCUCCCUCCCUCCCCUCGCUGACUGCACACACGCAUUCCAAGAAAAGGUCCCGACAACUUGAUGCCGCUCUCACACAAACCGCCCCGCGUUCUUCCCCUCCGUUUCCCACGCACUCGUUAUCUGGUGCGAACAUGCAAAGCAUUUCCCCCGCAGGUUUUCAGAGGUGUCGCAGCGCUUCCCUCUAAAGUGCUACUCCUUCCUUCCUCCCUUCCUUCCUUCCUUCUGUCCUCUCCUCUCUUUCUCUGUCUGCUGCCUCUCCUCGCACGCCUGGCUUCAGGGGGAGGGUGCGAGACUCUGGAGGGAGCUUGUGUGUGGAGGGGAAAGUCUGGUCACGUAGGUUUGGUGAGAGAUGAAGAGAAAGGGGAAGAAAGAGAGGGAAAAGAGGAAGGGAGGGGGUGAAAGGGUUUGCCUGCAGGGUUGCGUAAUUCAGCCGGGCAGGUUUAGCCCCUGCUGAGCGACGCACAGACACACAAAACCCCCAAACGGGAGGGCAGAGCUGGGCUGCAGACAGAAAAUUUGCAACUGGUAGGGCUGCGUGUGACGGUGAUCUAAAACAUAAAAUAAGGGAAAGGAGUCCAGAGCUGUGUGUGUCUGGAAAAGAUGCGAACAAAAUGUGUGUCAGUCCCCAAACUAACAAUUUUUAUCCGUCCAACCUAUUGAUGGAAUAAACCGCAGGAUAAAAAAGCACUAUUAACAUCUACAGUGUUAUUGUCAGAAACCCAAACAUCAAGAAACAGUCUCUGAAGCGUCUGACGAGUGAUUUCUGACAGUAACGAACACGUGGACCCUGAAGGCAUCGCGCUAAUAAAUGCAAAUCACCGGUAUGAGUCCGUCGCAGCUCUGUGGAUGUAAACAAUGUGAGAAAUGUAGCUGUCAGAGAGGUGAAGAGGCUCUGAGUCACUCUGACGACUAAAGACGGAGAGGUGUAGGCGCUACGGCGAGCAGAGACAACAGAGAGAGGAGCUCACCUGGAGCUGAACCGUGCUGUUAGCCCACCAGACAGGUGCUCAGUGACGUUUCUUUGUUAUUCAAGAGCAGGAACGAAAUCUAGGUGGGUGGGCUUGUAUCAAUCCACUCUAGAAACAACAUAUUUCUGAAUUAAGCUGCUUUAGUUUGCAAUAAUGUGACCGUAUCAAAAAAAGAUGAACAUUUCUUUGAUUCUGUCCUACUUGGUGUUCCUUUUUGAUGAGUUCUGAUGAUUUUUUUGACCGAAUGCACACCAGAGUUUGCUCUUCUGGAGGAGAAAUGUAUCCCUGCAGCAGCCGACUGCAGCUACUCUGAAUGUUGAUGGUAACUUUGUCUGUUUUUGCAGCCAUGCUGGCAAAAGUCCAGCUGUCAUUAAGGGGGCUCUGUUUGGGAAAGAAAACACGCUGGACGGCAAACGCUGAACAAGACCGAUUUUGGGGAUUUAUCACUCAGUGUGCAUUUAAAGGGAUAUUCCAGCAUGUAUUGCCAUUGUAACGACCACACAACAACAAUACACAGCGGUCUGAGGAGCCAUAAACAAACCUCAACCAAAACGCCACUCUAUAGCCACAAAUAAUGCUCAGAACAGCACCUAACUUCAUCAACAGGACAUAUAGGGUCCCAGUCAAAGCACUAACCACCAAACAUCUUUUUAACUUUGCCUGAUUUCUUCAGUAAAGAGAAUAAACACAACUCACCUACUCUCUUCCAGCAGCUGCUUGUUUGUAGCAAGACCUCAGGCCAGUCCAUUACGGACUGCAGUGGGGUGCCGCAGCUCAAGGAAGAACAUUUAUGAUCAUUUCUUCAUCAUUUCCUUGAAGUAAUAAUCACCAUAUUAAUCAUUUUGCGCUGCAGACACGAUAGUUCUUCUGUUUUAGCGUCUUGGUCUGAUUGUAUUUCUUUUCCGUGGGCUGCGAAACUUCACAACAGUUCAUAAUGGACCGGCCUGAGGUCUCGCUACAAACAAGCAGCUGUUGGAAGAGAGUGGGUGAAAGAUGUUUGGUGUCUAGUACUAUGGCUGGGACCCUGUAUGUCCUGUUGAUGAAGUUAGGUGCUGUUCUGAGCAUUAUUUGUGGCUAUAGAGUGGCGUUUUGGUUGAGGUUUGUUUAUGGCUCCUCAGACCGCUGUGUAUUGCAAUCGUACGGUCGUUACUAAAGUUGAUAUAACUAGAGAAGCAAGUGGUCGGCAACAUUCAUCUCUCAUCGGGGUGUCUAACUCUGUGUUACGGUGUGUUUGACCCUAAAUUAAUUUUACACCGGAAUAUCCCUUGUUGACAUUUUGGUGUUUAUUAUAAGGGAGGUAUGAAGGAAAGGGUGAUAUCGGUAUUAAAGGGGCGGGGUUUAUUGGUCUGUUUUGAUACUUUAUGAUGAAGACUUUAAUCGUGAUCGAACUGAGUCUGUUAAGAUCUUUAACCAAUGACUUGUCUCUCCUUCUGCAGGGCGAUGUUCAUGAGCGGUCUCAGCGAGAGCAAGCAGACCCACGUCCACCUGAGGAACGUGGACCCGGCCACGCUGCAGAUCAUCAUCACCUACGCCUACACGGGGAACCUGGCUAUCAGCGACAGCACGGUGGAGCCGCUCUACGAGACCGCCUGCUUCCUACAGGUCAGUCUGAUGAAUCUGGCGUCUGUCUUGUAUGGGACCAGAUUUUUAAACGAACUCUGCGUCCUUCAAGAUCCGUGAAUAUCUGACUGUCUGCUCUCUGUCCUGUUCAGGUGGAGGAUGUGUUGCUGCAGUGCAGAGACUAUCUGGUGAAGAAGAUAAACGCUGAGAACUGCGUCCGCAUGCUGAGCAUCGGCGACCUGUUCAGUUGUAGCGAGCUCAAGCAGAGCGCCAAGCGGAUGGUGGAGCACAAGUUCCCGGUGGUGUACCGGCAGGAGGCGUUCCUGCAGCUCUCGCACGAGCUGCUGAUCGACGUUCUGAGCAGCGACAACCUCAACGUGGAGAAGGAGGAGACGGUGCGGGAGGCGGCCAUGCUGUGGUUAGAGUACAACAUGGAGGCGCGCUCUCAGCACCUGUCCUCGGUGUUGAGUCAGAUCCGCAUCGACGCCCUGUCCGAGGUGACGCAGCGUGCCUGGUUUCAAGGUCUGCCCCCUAAUGACAAGUCUGUGGUGGUGCAGGGUCUCUACAAGUCCAUGCCCAAGUUCUUCAAACCGAGGUUAGGCAUGACGAAGGAGGAGAUGCUGAUCUUCAUGGAGGCCAUGUCUGAAACGCAGGGCGAGGGUUACGUCAUGGCCGGGUCCCUGCCCACCACGGUAGUCUGUUACAGCCCGCAGGCGGAGAAAGUCUACAAGCUCAGUAACCCCCCAGGAGACCUGCAGAAGGUGGGGACCCUUGUUACACCAGACAACGAUGUUUUCAUCGCCGGAGGUCAGAUCCCUCUGAAAAACUCGAUCACCAACCACGGCAAGAGCGGGAAGUUACAGGCCAUGUUCCGCUCGGUCGAUAGCUUCUUCUGGUUCGACGCGCAGCAGAACGCCUGGGUGCCUAAAACCCCCAUGCUGUGCGCCCGAAUCAAGCCCUCGCUGGUCUACUGCGAAGGGUACAUCUAUGCAAUCGGGGGCGAUAACGUGGGGGGCGAGCUGAACAAGCGCACGGUGGAGCGCUACGACUGCGAGAAGGACGAGUGGAGCAUGAUGAGCCCGCUGCCUUUUGCCUGGAACUGGAGCACGUCGGUGGUGGCGCACGACUGCAUCUAUGUCAUGACCCACGACCUGAUGUACUGCUACUUCCCCCGCGCCGACACCUGGGUGGAGAUGGCCAUGCGCAAAACCAGCCGCUGCUUCGCCUCCGCGGCCGCCUUCGGUGACCUCAUCUUCUACAUCGGCGGCCUCCACGUGGUCAGCAACUCCGGCAUCCGCCUUCCCACCAGCACCAUCGACGGCUCUUCUGUUACUGUGGAGAUCUAUGAUGUCAACAAGAACGAGUGGCGCCUUGCCGCCAACAUCCCCGCUAAGCGUUACUCGGACCCGUGCGUGCGGGCGGUGGUGCUCCUGAACUCGCUCUGUAUUUUUAUGCGUGAAACACACAUGAACGAGCGCGCCAAGUACGCCAUCUAUCAGUACGACCUGGAGCUGGACCGCUGGUACCUGCGGCAGCCCGUCUCCGAGCGCGUGCUCUGGGAUCUGGGGAAAGACUUCCGCUGUGCUGUGGGGAAGCUGUACCCUUCCUGUUUAGAGGAGUCUCCAUGGAAACCCCCGACGUACCUCUUCUCCCCCGACGGAGCGGAGGAGUUCGAGGUGGACGGGGAGCUGGUGACCCUCCCUCACGUAUAGCUCUUACCCCCCCCUCCCUUUCCUCGCUGACUGAAGCCGAGGGUUGAACAUGACGGGGGGGCGGAUCGGAUCUCUGUAAGGGUUUGUGGCGGACUCAGAGUUUCGGUCUCUGGACUUCGGAGGCCUGCGCUCGCUGAUGCAGCCGGAAAAAAAACAAACAAAAGGAGCUUGGAGAGAAAAAAAGAUGCGCCUCAAUAAUUCUAGUAAUCUGAGAAAAAUCCUGUUCUUGUUCUUUUUCUCUCUUUCUUUGGUGACAUCUGUUCGAUAUGAUUACAGUCUGUCAUACUGUUUCUACAAUGUGAGAAUCCAAACGUCAGCUGAUCAUGAUGAUGAGGAUGAUGAUGAGGGUGAUGAUGCACUUCACUGGUCAACCUUCUAGGAAUGACAAUAGCAACUGUACCAAAAUCUUCCCCACUCCAAUCAUGGCUCCCCUCUCUCCCACUGUCUCUGUUUUAAAGGAGCAUUCCGCUGAAACCCCGUCUACAUGAAUAUCUGUGUAUUCAGAGAGUUCAGUUCAGUGUUCAUAUUUAUCUCACAAAGGUGUUUUAAUUCCCUCGAGACAGAUUUUUAGCGGACUGCUCCUUUAAAAACAAACAGAAUCCUCCUUUUUCUCCAUAAGUCCUUCAGACGAUCUGAAACCGAGGCCGUGGUUUUUUCAGGAGGGGCGUGAGGGACGAGAGGAAACGGGUGAGAGAGGGGGAGAGGGUCAAGAAAGAGGGUGACUGCAGGUCCGGUCACCUGUCACCUCUCCCCCCUCACCACUCUGUCCCUCAGCCUGACUCCACCACAGCCUCACCCACUCACCCACCCACCCGUCUGUCUGUCAGUCUGUUUGCACACAGGUCUUCCACACAGCCGCCUACAGUCUCACCUCACUCCAUCCAGCAUCGUCACAUGAUCGCCACACCUUUAUUUUCCACCAAUCACACACUACUCCACUCUCAGUCCAAACACAGGUUAACUUUCAGGCUCAUGCAUUUUUUAUUUCCAAGCUGCUGAAAUAUAUAUAUAAAAUAUAUAUUUUUCAUAACUGUUUUAGCGUGGGAAAAUAACCAGGUCUAUUUUGUAUUAGUGUCUUUUUUUAAUUUAAUAUCAGACAUUACUGUAGUGUGAUUGUGGCUAGAUUUCCAUUCUCCUACAAGAUUUAUUUCUACUCGAGUGAACUUUGAGGAAUCUUGCUGCUGAUUGGUUGCGAGAGGAGAAGAGGGCUGGCCCACAGGCUGUUACCAUGGAAAUCGUCCUGGCAACCGCCAGCAGUAGUGGAAUAGAGGGAGGAGGAGGAGAAGUGGGUGGGGGACAGGUGAGGGGAGGGAGGGAGGGAUGGGGUCUUCCUCCUACCUUAAAGACAUGAGCACAGGUGCUUCAUGACAAACCUUACUAGCAUGUUUGGCUGCAUCAUAUUCCUUUGGCACUGUAUUUUGAAUGAACGUUAAUUUAUUAAAAAACAUACCAAAAACGUUCCUGAAAA